AUGAAAACCACACUAUUCUGCCGAGAAUAUCAGUUGCAUAGGGAAAGGGGAGAUUAUGUUGCUUCCACGUGUGAUCCGCCACUCGGGCAGGGCGGUGACAUUGCCCCUGUCACUUCACCUCAAGUUGUCCUCAGCAAGCCGAAAUUGAAGCUGAUCGUGAUAGCUUCUAUUGCAUCACUUCUCUCUGGCUUGCUAUUCGUCUACUCUUGUCUUUUUCCAAGGGGCAAAGGGAAGCCAUUGGGGCAAGUCCGGCGUCGCUUAUCUAGCAGCGGCGCUGACAGAGUGAAUUGGUACUCCUCCAGCACGUCUACGGCAGAAUGCGGGGAGAUUCUAGCCGCAGCCAAAUCAAUUCAAGGCAAGGAAGAUUUCGGCCUUCCUUCUCUCGAUGACUUCAUGGGAGGCAUAGUCGGUGCGAAAAGACAGAAUCAAGACAAGGCAAAGCCCUACACGAGCACCGCAGUUAAAGUGCAAACAGAGCAAGCGGAGCAGUUCCAAUUGGAUGAGCUCUUAGUAGAUGGCUCACGAUGGCUAGCGGACCAGCGUCAGCUUCCCUCACAUCAUCUGUUGGAACCAUUGACUCCUCAGCAACUCGACCCUGCCAUACAUGAUUACUUGAAAGGCUCGCAUGCCGGUUUGCACCUACCAGCAGACUAUGCAGCACCAGAAAUAGGGGGAAAAUCCGAUUCUCCAUUUAAAGACGGUGACUUGUUUGAAGCUGGUCCCUGGCUAGAUUCAUUUCUGAAUGCAGAUCAACUGCAGGUCGAAGACUGGUUUCUCGGUCUUGUGCUUGAACAGCCGACGCCAUUUUUGUCUAGCGAAGCUGUGGAACAACAGGGUGAUGCAGUGCCGUCUGUACUAGGAUUGCGUGAAGCUCCAAAGGAGCAGCCGACUGCAGGCAACACAGAUGAUUUGGAUUCAAACGAAUCCGUUGGUGAAGGCACUACUGGACUCACCCAGCAACUUAAAAAAGUUACACAAAAUAAUGGCUGGUCUGAAGGAGCGUGUGCAAGAAAAAAUGGCGCCCCAGAAGUACUGGAGGAGUAUGAACAUCCUCCGUUACCCGCGAACAUCAAAAGCCCAAAGACCCACAUCAUGGCUUCGAAUGGCUCACUUCGUACUUCGGAAGCAUGUUCAAGCUAUGCGGGGCUCAAAAUUGAUGCGGAAAAUGGAGCAUCACUGAAUGAGCCCGAGCUAGGCAAAGCUGCUUGGUGGAAAGAAGUGCGAAAAGGAAGCGAAGCAGAAAUGGCAAAUUUGUUCGUUGAUUUCGCUCCAGCCUGGUCACCGGCGGCUUUGCCAGCGGGUAACCUGGAACAAGAAAAUGGCGUCGCAGAACGUGUCGACAGGACAACUCAAGCCAAGCAGUGGAACGUGACUCGUAUAGGCAUAGAAGGGAAUUUGGCAACGAACGUGAGUGUGAUCGAAGCUGUUAAGACAGAGUUUGUGCCGCAGUCCAGUGAAGCUGCUGGGGAACAUAAUCGGCUUUCUGCUGAAAAGCAUGGAACUGAAGAGUCUUCGCAAGGUGUUUUGCUGGCUCCGCUUCCACAGCACAACCCAGACUCCGAAAUGCACGCGGUGGGGCACCCCUUUCAGGAAAGUGUCUGCUUCUCACUAUGUCGUGACCCCUAG